AUGGGGAGAGUUUUAGCCCAGACCACCAGACAUCAACGUUUGGACUUCCGAUGGUAUACUGCCGAAGCGUCUGCUUCCCCUGGUGUGGGGGAAAAACUGCAGACACUAGCAGUUCCCUCCACCGCCCGCUUUAAUGAAAUCGGGGUCCAGCAGUUAAGCAGCCAUGUCCACUCGCAAAUCUUUCUACGGGAACCCACUCCCCCCAAUCCGGAAUUAAUCGAGCUUUCAAAGGAUCAUCUUUCUCGCCAUGAUUUGCUUGGUAAAACUCAGGAAGGCUCGAACCCAAUUGCCUUUGAUAUUCCCCCUCUCGAAGGUCAAACGAUGGAUGAGCAUUUUUACAAAUUAGGAAUGGAUUGUUCAGAACCUUACUUGACAAAUGCAAAACAAUAUGCAAAGAUUGAUCUCCCGCCCAUACCGAAAAAGUGGAUCAGGAGGAGUGGAUGGACGAAAUAUAAUGCUAAUGGGACAAGCGAGGCUGUUGAUGCACCCAACGAAGAGAUGAUAACAUUUGACACCGAAGUAAUGUGGAAAGAUUCUUCGUUUGCGGUAAUGGCGUGUGCGGCGAGUCCUAGUGCAUGGUAUGCCUGGUUGUCACCUUAUCUUCUCGGCGAGACAGAAAACGAACGACAGCUUAUUCCGCUUGGUUCUCCAUCUCAAGCCCGAAUCAUUGUCGGGCACAAUGUUGGAUAUGACCGUGCAAGGACUUUGGAAGAAUACAACAUCAAGAAGACCCGCAACUUCUUCAUUGAUACUAUGUCCCUUCACGUUGCCGUUAACGGGAUGUGCUCCCAACAGCGGCCCACCUGGAUGCGGCAUAGGAAAAAUCGAGACCUUAGGGAUAAACUCCUCAAAGAAAAUAAUUCGAUUGAACUUGCCGCGCUUCUUGAGAACAAACUGCUUACAGAAGAAGAGGAAGAGCUCUGGGUAGGCAGGAGCUCGGUCAACUCAUUACGUGACGUUGCUAAAUUCCACUGCAAUGUUACAAUAGAUAAAGCCCAGCGGGAUCAUUUCGGUGAUCUCGAUCGCUCUGGUAUCCUGGAGCGACUCGACGAGCUUCUAGAUUAUUGUGCAGCCGAUGUCUCGAUUACCCAUCGUGUUUACAAACAGGUUUUCCCCAACUUUUUAGAGGUAUGCCCGCAUCCGGUUAGUUUUGGAGCUUUGCAACACCUUUCCUCUGUUAUUUUGCCUGUAAACAAUACCUGGGACGAAUACUUGAAAAAUGCGGAGGAGACCUAUCAACGCCGCCUGGAAUAUGUACAGAAGCGGCUGGUGGAACUUUGCGACAAUGCGUUAGCCGUGAAGGAUAAACCCGAAGUAUACGAGAAUGACCCAUGGUUACGGCAAUUGGACUGGUCCGGACAGGAAAUAAGAAUGGUUAAAGGGAGGAAGAAGGGUGACCCUCCUCGACCUGCUGCAAGACAGAAAAUGCCUGGAAUGCCAAAAUGGUACAAAGCCCUCUUUCCGACAAGCACCUCCGCUAUUAACCUGAGUGUUCGCACACGUUUGGCACCAAUUCUCUUGAAACUCUCAUGGCUUGGAUACCCACUUGUUUGGUCGGAUGUACAUGGAUGGACUUUCCAGGUUCCCAAAGGAGAAAUAAAGAACUUCGAGAACCAGGCAGUUGCCCCAUGUAACAUGGCUGAAGAGAAGAAUCUUAGUCUUCGAGAUGAUAGAGAGCAUUUAUAUUUUAAACUCCCACACAAGGAUGGACCCGACGCUCGCUGCUCGAGUCCGCUUGCGAAAGGGUAUUUACAGUAUUUUGAAGGAGGAAAACUUUCCUCCCAAUUUGCCCUAGCUAAGGAAGCAUUGGAAAUGAACGCUUCGUGUUCUUACUGGAUCAGUGCGAGGGACAGAAUUAUGAGCCAGAUGGUAGUUUAUCACAACGACAUCGAACGACUUCAAAACAAAUCGUCAUCGAAUUCCACCUUGAAGCAGGGCUAUAUAUUACCGCAAAUUAUCCCAAUGGGCACUAUUACUCGACGAGCGGUGGAAAACACCUGGCUAACUGCGAGCAACGCUAAAGCUAAUAGGGUGGGAUCCGAGCUUAAAGCCAUGGUCAGGGCACCCCCAGGCUAUGUUUUUGUUGGCGCAGACGUGGAUUCUGAGGAGCUCUGGAUUGCCAGCCUUGUGGGGGACGCACAGUUUCAGAUUCACGGAGGAAACGCCAUCGGCUUCAUGACACUGGAAGGGACAAAAUCAGCUGGUACAGAUUUACAUUCGAAAACGGCGAACAUCCUGGGAAUCUCUCGGAACGAUGCCAAAGUUUUCAAUUAUGGCCGAAUUUAUGGAGCAGGCCUCAAAUUUGCAGCCACGCUCCUUCGCCAAUUUAACCCUUCUAUGUCAGAACAAGAGACAAAACGGGUUGCUGCGAAUCUAUACAAGGAAACCAAGGGUACCCGAACCAAUCGAAAGAUAUUGAGUGACAACCCUUUUUGGAGGGGAGGCACCGAAUCAUUCGUAUUCAAUAAGCUUGAAGAGUUCGCGGAACAAGAGAGACCGAGGACGCCUGUACUUGGAGCAGGUAUCACAGAAGCCCUCAUGCGCCGCUUCAUCAACAAGGGAAGCUUCAUGACAUCGCGAAUAAACUGGGCGAUUCAAUCAUCUGGUGUGGACUAUUUGCACCUGCUCAUCAUCUCCAUGGACUUCCUUAUUCGGCGAUUCAAUUUGGACGCACGUCUUGCAAUUACUGUCCACGAUGAAAUCAGAUAUUUGGUUAAAGAACAUGACAAGUACCGCGCCGCGAUGGCGUUACAGGUUGCGAACCUCUGGACUCGAGCUAUGUUCUCGCAAGAGAUGGGGAUUGAUGACCUCCCUCAGUCAUGUGCUUAUUUCUCUGCUGUUGAUAUUGAUACGGUGCUGAGAAAGGAGGUUGACAUGGAUUGCGUUACCCCGUCUCACCCCAACAAAAUACCCCACGGUGAAAGCUUGGAUAUCGAAAACCUCCUCAAAAAAGGUUUCGAGGCCCAGUUGGAUCCUUCCAUUGAACCUACUAGCCUUCCUACCCCAGAAAAAUACCACUACACCCCCCGAAAACCCGUCCUGUCUUCCUUACAGAGCUCCCGAGAUCCAAAUUAUAUAAAAGCGCAGAUAUGCAAUGACGACAAGGAACUUCGCGAAAUUAUCAAGGGGAUGACCAUGAAAUCUUCACAGCCCGCGUCCAAUUCCUCAUCAUCAGUUACAAAAUCGACAACAUCUUAUGCUCGGAGCCGGCGAACUAAAUCAACUAUACCCCCACACGCCGAGCCACAAAGGGCAAUUCUCAUGGAAGUCCAGCCUGCACUGCUCAACGGCUCGACGAAGCAAGCGGCCAACUUUGUGAAAUCGCCACAUUUUAGUGCCCAUCGAGCCGUAUGGAAACCAAGGCCGUCGCCGGGCCCAUGA